UUUCGUCCAAUAUCUGCAGCAAUGGUGGUUGCACAGAAGGUGAAGGAAUCGGAGAUCACCGAGCAGGACUCUCUUUUACUCACUAGAAAUCUGCUGCGCAUUGCCAUAUUCAACAUCAGUUACAUCAGAGGUUUAUUCCCUGAGAAAUAUUUCAAUGACAAGUCUGUUCCAGCAUUGGAUAUGAAGAUUAAAAAGCUCAUGCCUAUGGAUGCUGAAUCACGCAGACUCAUUGAUUGGAUGGAGAAAGGUGUCUAUGACGCUUUGCAGAAAAAAUAUCUGAAAACACUCUUGUUCUGUAUCUGUGAGUCCGUAGAAGGUUCAAUGAUUGAGGAAUAUGCAUUUUCAUUCAGUUACUCGAAUUCUGAUAGUCAAGAGGUUUCCAUGAACAUUAAUCGUAGUGGAACAAAAAAGGGGGGAUCAAUCAAGUGUAACUCCUCAACAGAGAUAACUCCCAGUCAGAUGAGGAGCUGGGCAUGCAAAAUGGUCCGCACACUAGUUCAACUAAUGAGAACUCUGGAUAAGAUGCCUGAAGAGCGCACCGUGUUGAUGAAGCUCCUGUAUUAUGACGAUGUCACGCCGGCAGAUUAUGAGCCCCCUUUUUUCAGAAGCUGUACAGAGGAAGAAGCUUAUAACCCCUGGACUAGAAAUCCCCUGAAGAUGGAAGUUGGAAAAGUCAACAGCAAACAUUUAGUGCUAGCUCUAAAGGUUAAGAGCGUACUUGAUCCUUGUGAAGAUGAAAAUAAUAGCAAUCAAGAUGUGGAUGUGAGCUUAGCUGAUUCUCUCCAACUAGAUGAAUACAGUGAAUCUGACAGUGAGGGCAGCAGUUCGGAUGAUGAUCAAUAUAUUGUAGCCCCAGCAGCAGAGAAACAACAGCUUCAACAACAGAAUGGAGCAGCUGAUGAAGAUAACACCCAGGACCCCGAAGAAGAUGAACAACAGUUGAGAAGGCUAAGGGAGUGGAUCGGCUCAUACCACCUUGACACAAUUGACCUAACUGAUGUCCUUUCAAACUUCCCAGACAUCUCAGUGGUCUUGAUUGAAGAGAUUAUGGACAAGCUUGCCAAGGAAUGCUUUAUAUCAAAAGCUUCAGGAGAUAGCUACGUCAUUAAUAAGAAAAAGAAAUUUGAUUACGAGUUUGAUGCUGUCAAAGAAGAAUCCAAUGGACAAUUGGCAAUACAUGACGGAAAAGCUGCAACUGUGAAUGUAGAUAACACUUACAUGAAGGCCUUAUAUCACACUCUUCCAAUGACCUACAUAACAGUGGCAAAGCUUCAGAACAAAUUUGAAGGCCAAAUAAACCAAAACAUGGCGCGCAAAUUUAUCGACAGAAUGACCCAAGAUGGAUUUAUUGAGGCCAGCAGCAACAACCGUAGACUUGGCAAGCGUGUCAUUCACUCUGAUCUUACUAAGAAAAAGCUGGCCGAGGUCAAGAAGCUAUUAUCUGCAGAUUCUGUAAACCCAGAUUUGAAGGAAGCAGUGAACAAACUCAACAAUCCAGAACCUGAAUCUGCCGUUGACAAACAAAGGGAUAUGACGUCCACGUUUGGUGGCCUCCACUCUAUUGGAUCAGAUGUUACGAGGACAAGAGGAUUACCAGACGUGCACGCGGAUGACUCGACCAAAAUGGAACAGGGCGCAGCAAGAAAAAGGGAACGCGGUGGAAACACUCCGAGUAGCAGGGCUGAGCCAGUAACUUCCAGGGAGAGUUUUGUCCCUGGUGCCAAUAAUGAUAGAGCAAAUGGAAAUGGAAAUGGAAAUGCUAAUGCUAAUGCUAACGCCAAUGCUGUUGAUGAGAUGGAUAUAGUAAUGGCGACCGGGUCGACUCAGGGCAAACGAUACAGGAAAACAAGCAUGGUGAAGGAGCCGAUACUGCAACAAGCAAAGCGCCAGAAAUCUCAAGCUAUCUGAAAUGUUAAGUAUCUGGUACUACUUCUAUCGCAAUCAUCUACUUGUUUAAUAAGUUCUGCGUACAUUAGAAGAUAAAAAUACCAGUAUCAUUCAUUUAGGCCCACUUGGAGCGAUAUAUAUAUAUAUAUAUAUAUGUGUGUGUGUGUGUGUGUGUGUGUCCUGCUGCCAAAAUUGAACUUGGAAGUGGAAAAGGCGUACUACAACAAUUUAAGGAAAAACAGGUGCUUAAUGUGGAGAUUUCGUUUUCUACAGACUGUGUAUGCAUAUGCUAGGAAAGGCGAUGAAAGUAAUAGGUUAAAAUGCCUAGGAAACUUCCAUUCUUUUCUUGGAAGCUACUGAACAGAUACUGGAUUCCAAGCAUCUGUUCAGGUGGCAAUAAAAUGAAAAUUAUAUAUAGUAUAUAUAUAAGAUUUAAAGAAACGAUGAGACUAUUAGUCGUUGUUUCUUGAAAUAUGAAGGCGUAA